GCUGAAAAAUAUGGCCCUCUGGAUUCAGUUUCAUGUUUUCCUUUUGAGAAUUAUUUGGGACAGUUGGAAAAAAAUGGUGAGAAGACCACAGGGUCCUGUGCAACAAAUUGUCAGACGUGUCUAUGAAAGCCAAUUAUUUCCUCACAUGUCGAGAGACAUGCCUGAAGGUGUUGAACUGAAACAGCCCCAUGCAUCUGGACCACUGCCAACAGAUUUUUCCAUGCAUCAGGGUGUUCAAUAUAAGAUGUAUAAACUCAAAGACACAAUCAUCUCAAACUCCAGUGGUUCCAAUUGCUUUGAACUGGGGGGCAGAGUUGCAAUUGUGAGGAAUAUUGUGCAUUCAACUGCAGAAACACAUGUAGUGUAUGAACUUUUUGAGACAGGGGCAUGUUUUUUCAACUACCCCAUUGAUUCGACAUGUCUUGGAGUUUGUUUACUAUCAAAACUGUCUGGUCAGCUUGCCAGUGCUCCAGUAACAGACUUCACAAAACCACUGCUGUUAUUGCCUCUUCAGAAAUUUUUUGUGGCUUUGCCUCAGCUACACCGCACAGAACAUGAUGAACUUUGCAGGAUGCCCUCAUUCAGUGUGGUGGAGUUUGUGGAUGAAAUUGACCCUGAUGGCUGCAAGAAGGUGGACAUCAUUCCAUCAGCAUGGUUCGAGGGCACUGACGGAAAAUUAUGCUGGUGGCCACCAGCCACAUUGCUCAAUGUGACCAAGGCUGUGAAAGAGGGCACACCACCAGCUCAAAACUGGAUUCUGUGUAAUGUGCAUGUGAUGGGAAAUGCAGCUACUUAUGCGGAGGCCAGGGUAAAGCUACAUCAAGCUGAGUAUACAUCAGACCUGACAGACAUCGAAGAUGCAGGGUGUCCGCAGGGUUUUAAAAAGUAUUAA